UCAUCAUCAACUUCCUCCUCCCCGAAUCCUGCCAUGUUCCCUGGCCCUGCGCCUUGAAAUGGCUCCCCUCUUCGCCAAGCGUUUGAAUUGCUUCUACUGCGGUCGUCGAUCUGCUCAGACCGAUCGCGACUCCGUCCGCAAAUGGCGUUGCACCCACUGCGAAGCAGUCAACUAUCUCGAUGAAAAAGGAGAGAUCACAGACCCCCCCGCUACGGAAACGAAUCCCAAUGUGUACGGCCCUGGCGCGCCCGAACCCCCGUUCGAGUCGGCCGACUUGACGGGGUCCGGCUUAUUCUGUUCCCACUGUGUCCGCAAUCAGCACCUGUUUACGAAUGGCCUGGCCUCUUAUUUCCCCGCAGCCGACGACCCUGAAUACGGCGCCUAUGAACGCGAAUACCCGAAAUUCCGAAAGAAUCUCGAGGAGCGGUAUCCACAGGUGUGCACUCGAUGCGAGCCUCGUGUGAGACAGCGCAUCCGGCAGACGGGAUAUGAGGCGAAAUCCGACCAUCUCCGUCGCAUGAUGGAACGAAGCAAGGAGGGCAGAGCCGCAAGACAGGCACGCAACUGGAACUGGAGAAGUUUGCUGGUAUUUGGGGGCGCCAUGGGCUACUGGAUUAGCAUUGCUGGUCAACUUUCCUGGGACCUGUGGAGUGCCCUGACGGCUGUCAUCGACGAGGAUUCUCUGCGAGCCCCGGACGCGUUUUCCGGGUCGUCUCCUUCCAUAUUAUCUUGUGCCUCGCAGACUCUAUGGACGCGUCAACUGCCAAGCGACUGCAUGAUCGACCUCGCGCCCUACGCCGGACUGUCUCUUGUCGCAGGUAUUCUUUCGCUGUGGUAUAACCCGAAACUGCGACUGAAGGUUGAAGGGCGAGGUGGCCGCUUCGUGGGUCUGGGUGAGUAUUAUAAGGUACAGCUAAUUACCACGGUGGUGCGAUGUGUCUUCUGGGGUGUUCUCAGAGAUCCCUCGUCGAGUGGGCUUGAUCCGUCGUUGCCAUCUGCUCUUCACUGGUUUAUGGUCUUGUUCACAGUCUUGUCUGUUGUCGUCUCCCGGCGCAUCGUGCAAUAUGACACUCGGCCGCUGGUGACAUGGACCGACCUUACGCCGGCACCUACUCCGCAACGCAAAGUCGCUGCAUCGCCUCUACCAGGUAGCAGCAGCAAGAUGUCUUCUAUGACCCCAAAUGGAAGCCUGAAUCAGACCACGCCACGAUUCCCUCUUGAGAAAUUGGCCACCCCUCAGCCUACCCCCCAGCCUACUCCCCAAAGGGAGCCAGCGAUCCCCACUCCGCCGCCGGAAGGCGAUGACAUGGACUGGACUCCGUCCGUGCAGCAGCAUGAUAUCAGACCGGCAGUCAGCGUCCAGUCGAAAGACCGAAGCUCUGUUCUUGACGGCCCUCUGCCUUUCUACGGUUCACUCCCUGCUGCCCCGAAACCCCCUUCAUGGACACUGCGGACCCAAGCUGUUCAGCGCCAGAAGCCUCUUGAUCAAAUCGUCGAGCCUAAUCCAUUCCACCGCACGCCCACACAACCGUCCAAACAAUGGCAGCGAAACAAUGACACAGCCGACAACGUAUUUGCGCCUCCGAAGUUCUUCCCCAUGAGUGACCAUGUUGCGUCAACCGGACUGGAAAACCUAUUCGACCGGACCUUUACCAUCAAAUCACCGGAGGACGAGGACGGCGAUGGCUGGCAGCCACGCCCGGAAACGGCAGACGCGCGAUCUCAAGCUCCCACGGACCUGAAGGGCUAUUUCAUCGUUCAGUAUCUUCGACUAGGGUUGCUGCUAGCUUCCAUUGCUUCGUGGCUGCUCUCCCAGCAUGAGCUGAUCGCGGUUCCUGGAAACUACAUUGAGGUUGGCUCACUCGGCAGCGCAAGUCUCCUGGCCGGAUUUGCGUUGCUGGAGGUUUUGAAGCAGCCCAUCGUGCAGUGGAACGGCAUGGAGAUUCUCGUCUACUUCGCCGAACUCGUGGCGGCGGUUCACUUGGGUGGAAACCUCCCCCGGGCCUCCUUGGAGCGCCAUUAUUUCGACCGGUAUGGCAAACUGCUCCUGAUCUUUAUGGCCGUUCAGGAGGCGCUGGGCCUGCUUUCUCUCUACCAGCUCGCCGCUAGAAGCCCUGGCAAACAAGCCCAGCCUCCGAAAGAGCAGUCUGCAUCGACCGAGGCCUCGCGAGAGGACCCACCGCGCAGCCCUGCCCAGAUCGAGCAUGGCAGCCGCUUCGGCUCUCAGCCAUUUAAUUCCCCGUCGUCUGUGCCGCCUCUCUCCUUCUCCUCCAGCGUGACUGGGUCCAGCUUCAACCAACCCGUGGAGGUUCAGCAGCGAUCCGCCUUUGCGCCGCUCAAUAGCGGGUUCAGUAGCGGAUUCAACCGGGACCACAGCUUCAGCCUGAACAGCUUGAAGGACAACGAGUCCGAUGGCUCGGACGUCUUCGACCGCGACUCCGACACCGAGACCACUGCGACAGCUACCACCACGGCCACCAGCAAUACGAUUCGGAAUAUUCGGUAUGGGCGGAGCAACAAUGACAACAACUCUUCGCCCCGGAAGUCCGAACUUGGCUCCGGGUUUGGAGGCCUGAGUCUCGAGGACAAUCCUCGCCGAAUGACCCGCAGUCAAACGCAGCGGCUUCAGGGUAGCACUCGACGAACUCCAUUGAGGAAUCUUCGCUAAUGCUAUCUAUCGUCCUUUCUUUUUUGUGUCUUGUUUCUGUUUCAGUUUACAUGUACCGUGUCUCGGGACCGGCAGACUGUUCUAUUCCUAUCCUUAGUUUCUUCUUUUUUCUGUGAUUGGUUUGGCACCAAGGAGUCGAGCUAGUUGGCCGUGUAUUUGGAUAAGCGAUCUUGUUCGUUCAUUUGUUUUUUUUGGCUUUUGAUUUCGUUUCGUUUUUCGUUUAGGCUAUUUCUGAUCCUUGUACUUGCUACUCAUCUGUCUUCACCAGUUAUCUCUCCUUGUCUGUUUCCUUGCAUCGUGGCGGUGAUUAGCGUUGAUCUUUGCAUUCGUCUCUGCUUAUCCAAUCUCGUUCGCUCCUGCUGUCCGUUCAUGACACGAUCUGCAUGGCUGAGUGCGUGGAUGUAUAUACAUACCAGACCUCUCCGAAUAUGACUUACGACCUUGACUCCCUAGAAUCUAGAAUGAUGU